UUUCAUUCCUACAACAUCGAUUCUAGUUGGCUCCAAUGUGCAUAGAACGAGCCAAUACUGACCGCGCGAUCAUCGACCGCGCCCCAGCCCCGUCCGGUUUUGCCAUGUAAAAUGUUUCCGCAAACUACGCCGGGUGUCUAGAAAUAAAUAGGCCAAUUGGCCCAGAUUUAUUUCACAGUAGCCAUAAACAGGACGCUCGCUGUAAACCUUUGUUUUUCCAGGCUUUCAUGGUGUAUCUAAGAGCUGGCAUUUACAAACCUAGACAACUUACCCAGCUGUGGAUUGUUGAUUCUAGGAGGACGAAGGGAGACUCGCGUCACUCUAACCUUGUAUGGGUAAAAUGGUCGCCUUUCUUCCAUAUUACGAGGCCGAGAGCUCCCAUAGGUCACCGAUCAGCGCCGUGACUGGAAAGGAACCCACUGGUGUCAAUCCCCUAUUAGAAAUUCCGGAGAUCGGAGAACAUAAAGAACUACACAGUAUAAAGCCCUUGACUUCGAGUGAAAUAUCAUCUACUACGUCCAGUUCUACAACUACACUUAUCUAUAGCGUUUCGUUUUUUCCGAAUCCAGCUACGCCUACGCCCGUAUCUUCUCCUACAUCCACGGUUGUGUCUGAUCCUACAGGGUGCACAUUAUCUAAUGAUGCAAGCUCGAAUACUUACAACACGCCAUUAAGCAGUUCAAGCUUGAGUCCACAGGCCGUAUCAUUGGAAAGUGGAACCCCGAGUCAACAAAUUCCCACCUGGGCCAUUCCAGUAAUUGUCAUUGUUGGGCUAAUACUACUCGUAUUCCUCGCGUCAUUAGUCGCAUUUGGCUUCAGAGAGCGGCGAAGGAAAAACGAGAUAGGAGGCAAAGAUCCAAGCUACGUGCGUGCCCUGUAUCGGGCAGGGGCGGUGGCCACCGGUUUGUUCAUCCCGAUUUGGAUUGUCAAGUGGUGCCACAGGUCCCGGAAAAUUGAGAACCAGGAACAGCAGGAGAUGUACGACUCGCAAACCUCGGCGUAUGGGAAGUUUGAGGGGCAGAAUCGACAAUCAGAAGAAGAAAUCGCUGCGAGCACUUCCCCCGUGCGCCCGGCAGAAGCUGUGCUCUCGCCGGCGACGCUAGAAAGGGGGACCUCCGUGGUUUCAUCGCUGUCAUCGUCUACUCGGAGUCAAGGUCGAUAUGAGAGAUUGGAUAUGCCCCCGUCGCCGAUGUCGGAGGAUGGAUUGUAUCCCUGGAAAUCAAAUGAUCCAUCAGAGACGGCGUCGGGAAACCUUGAGAAACGGGAGGCCAGUACAGGGCCGGUAGAAAGGACCAGAGUGGAUACUCCGCUGGCUCGAAGAUCGGAUUCAAUGUCAGAAAAGAGGGGAGCAGGAGGUUAAUAUAUUGGUGAUCAAUCAAGUAAAUGUCAUUCAGGGAUUUGAAUACAAUUUUGUUCUUAUUACGAGGAUGGGGAGCAUUCUAGGCAUAACCGCCACUAAUAUUAAAUCUAAAGGUCGAGCAUAUCAAAGGCUUAUAACAGUUCUAAUUCUAAGACCCCCCAUUACCCC